UCAUUUUUGGGACCAGAAACCCAACAAGAGAGGGUCAAGACAAUCUGAAAAAUUCUCAUGGGAGAUUGCCAUAUUAGUUAUGGAAUGUUAACUAGUAUGGAUUGUGUAUUGAUGCAGCAAUCACUGGCAUAAAUGCCUCCUCCAUUGAUGUAACUCCAGAGGGCAGUCCAAGACAAUGACGAGGAAAGAAAUCCAAAGAAAAUAAAGGAUGAUGCUCUCCAAGAUUCAGAGAAAUUGCAGCAUUUGAUUUUUUGAUGGUCGUCUGGCUAAAAAAUCUGCUUAAAGACAUUAAUCUUUUAUGCCAAUGCUUGAAUUGAAGGGUUAAUCAGAAGUUCUUAGGUUUUCAAGAGCUUUUAAUUAUUGGGAAGAAGUGUCAAGAUACAAUAAGCAGUAAAUUAGCUGGUAUUACACAUCAUUACCAGAGAUGGUGCAGGCUAUAUAAUGAUGGGUAGAAGCUGGUUUUUGUUUCUCUUCCUUCCGAAUGUCCCACUUUAUUUUCUCUGAGUUUUCAUUCACCUGCCCUUACUUAUUGACUAUUCUUUUUCACUGGAAAUUGAAACUCAGUUUCUACCAUUAGCAGUUAAUCUUUACCAAUGAGUAGAGUACAAUAUUGAAUGCUGGAAGAAUAAGUAAACAGAGAGCUGUGGACUCCAAAACUGGACAUCUCAACAAUUUCAUCAAGUGAAGGUCCUAAUCCCGGUUACUUCAUUUGCAUUUCUCUGACUGAUUACAAUCUCCAUGUGGUUUCUCUACUUUUUAACAUAAGAACAAUGAUAUGGCAAAACUUUUCUUUUCCUGCAUUGUGGAUCCAUUAAGUUGGUGAUGCUGUGGGGAGACCAAAUGAUCAGUGAUGCCGAUAUAAAAUUUGCAGAGAAAGCAUAAGGACUGUGUUGCAGUUACACUGUGGAGCAUACGGAACAACCCAAACAAUUGCUCAUUUCGGCAUAGAUGUUCAAAACAUGACCUUACAGUUCAUUGGAUCGCAAAAUACAUUGCGGAAUACACAAAGUGCGGCUGAAGUUGGAAACAAGAUCAGACAGUUGGAGAAUAGAGUUUCGUCAGUUGUCUGGCAACCAUCACAGGGGGAUAUAAUAAAAGAUUAAUACAGAUGCUGCUGUCCCACAAAAUCAGAACACAAUCAGUCUAGGAGUUGUCAUCCAGAAUAGUGAAAGUAAGGUUUUAGGGGCUGCACAAAUAACCUGCACUUUUAAGGGGUCAGUUCUUCAAGCUGAGGUUAUGGCAAUUGAUUUUGCACUACAAUUAGGAAAGGAAUUUGGCUGCAAAAGAGUUGAAGUUGAAUAUGAUUAGUGCAUAGGCGGUAGCUAUAGCCAACCCUACCGAUGAAUGCAUC